AGAUCUCCAGACCGAUCCCCAAUCUCACUGAAUUCUCUUCCAAGGUGAGGUUUUUUUGAACAAGAAGAUAUUCAUUCAUACCAGAAAUAACUAAUUUCCGAACUUCGAGGAUGAUGCAAUCAACCAACGGUGCAGUUGAUCUUAAACACCAGCCGCCGCCGCCGCCGCAGAUGUACAACCAUCAACCGCACCAAGUUCAUCCUCAACAACACCUAUGGAUGCAGUAUUAUCAGCAACAAUGGAUGGCCAUGCAGUACCCUGCUGCGGCCAUGGUAAUGCAGCAACAACAACUUUUGUACCCACAACAGCAACUUUACGUUCCUUAUCAUCAUCUUCAGGCUUAUCAACAACCUCAGUUUAUGUCACAACCUCAGAUUCUCUCAUCUUCUGAUGAUGAUAAUAGGACGAUCUGGGUAGGCGAUCUUCAGCAAUGGAUGGACGAAACUUACCUCCAUAGUUGUUUCUCUACCACCGGCGAGGUUUCAUCUGUUAAGAUUAUUCGCAACAAGCAUACUGGUCACUCAGAGAAGUAUGGUUUUGUGGAAUUAACUUCUCAUGCAGCUGCUGAAAAGGUUUUGCAGAGCUUCAAUGGCCUUCCAAUGCCCAGAUGUGAUCAAAUCUUUCGCUUAAACUGGGCAACUUUCAGCACUGGAGACAAACGCGGAGAUGCCAGUUCUGAUUUCUCUAUAUUUGUUGGAGAUUUGGCUAUAGAUGUUAAUGAUGCAUUACUGCUUGAAACUUUUUCUAGUCAGUAUCCAUCUGUUAAAGGUGCAAAAGUGGUGGUUGAUACUAAUACUGGGCGUUCAAAAGGUUAUGGCUUUGUUAGGUUUGAUGAUGAGAAUGAAAGGUCAAGGGCCAUUAGUGAAAUGAAUGGCACAUAUUGUUCCAGUAGACAAAUGCGAGUUGGUGUGGCAACCCCAAAGAGGCAUCCAGGACAACAACAAUAUUUAUCACAAUCCCUGGUAUUAAAUGGUGGAUAUGCACCUAAUGCUGCAUCACAUCAAAAUGUGCAGUCUGAUAAUGAUUUAGUUAACACAACAAUAUUUGUUGGAGGGCUUGACUCUGACGUUACUGAUGAAGAUCUCAGGCAAUCUUUCUCUCAAUAUGGGGAGAUUGUUUCCAUAAAGAUUCCCUCUGGGAUAGGGUGUGGAUUCGUGCAAUUUUCUAAUAGAAGCAAUGCUGAGGAUGCAAUCCAAACCCUUAAUGGGACUGUUAUUGGAAGGCAAACUGUUCGGCUUUCCUGGGGCCGUAGUCGGUAAGCAGUUGAGAAAUUGACAAUAAUCUAAAGAGUGGUCCAUCCUCGAAAGAUUAAGAUUAUUAUUGAGGCCAUGUUAUAGCUGAUGAAGAAUUUAUUCAAAUGAUAUUGUUAGUACUUGUGAUCCGAACUAUUUCGGAGAGUUCGUAGAUUCUAUAUAGUCUAUGAGACUGAAUAUUUUGUGUGUUGGAUGUUAUAAUUUGUCCUUUUAUUCUUUCAAAAGAGAAGACCUGAAAUUUUGUAGCUUAAAUAGAUUUUGAUACUUGAAUUCUUUUUCCUUUAUAGGAUUAUUAUGAUUCCUUUUGAA